GUUGUAAGUGGUGGAGAAAUUACUUUGUCGCUGGUGGUCCGGUUUGGGAUUUUACGCGUAGUUCCACCAGUGAAGAUGCUAAAAAGUUAGGAGGUGGUGUUCUUGGAAACGUAUAUGCUGCUCUCAAGUCGGUACUUGCUGGAAAACUACACGGGACGAUGAAAAAAACAUCCGCGAGGCCGUUAAAGGUGUGGCACGUAUAGCACGAGGUAGAGGACUGCUCCCCCCUCCCCCCCUUCCCGUGUUGCCCUGUAAGAGAGACCAGAGUCCGUGUUUUGUUUUUGUUUUGUUUUUUUUCUGCCCGGACACAACCCGCAACAUUGUGAAUUCAUGAUCACAUGACCGUGGAUAUGGACGCAGUCCUGUCCGACUUUGUCCGUUCCACUGGAGCUGAACCGGGAUUGGCCAGAGAUCUGCUAGAGGGCAAGAACUGGGAUUUCACUGCUGCCCUGAGUGACUUUGAGCAGCUACGACAGGUGCAUGCUGGGAACCUGACUUAUUCUUUCGCAGAGGACAGGACGUAUCUGCCACCCGAAAAGGAGAUGGCCAGGGUAGGGCGGCCUGUGCUCCACCGCCAAGAUGAGGUGGUGCAAGCAGCUACAGAAAAGCGUCUGUCGAGGGGAAUUUCCCACGCCAGCUCAACCAUCGUGUCCCUGGCGCGCUCUCACGUCUCAAGCACUGGAGGUAGCAGUAAUGAGCCACUUCUGGACACGCCCCUGUGCACUUUCCAACUACCAGACCUCACCGUGUACCGGGAGGACUUCCGUGGCUUCAUCGAGAGGGACCUUAUCGAGCAGUCCAUGAUGGUGGCCUUGGAGCAUGCUGGGCGACUGAACUGGUGGACUAAAGUGGUUUCAAACUGUCAGAAUCUGCUGCCGCUGGCAACAAGCGGAGACGGAAAUUGCCUGUUACACGCCGCCUCACUCGGUAUGUGGGGUUUUCAUGACCGGGACCUGAUGCUACGGAAGUCCCUGUAUGCACUGAUGGAUCACGGGUUGGAGAGGGAGGCACUGAAGCGCAGGUGGAGGUGGCAGCAGACCCAGCAGAACAAAGAGUCUGGUCUGGUGUACACGGAAGAGGAGUGGCAGAAAGAGUGGAAUGAACUGUUGAAGCUGGCCUCCAGUGAGCCGCGAAUACACUACAGCACCAACGGCACCAACGGGGCGGAGUCCUCAGAUGAACCAGUGUACGAGAGUUUAGAGGAGUUUCACGUCUUUGUCUUGGCCCACGUCCUCAGGAGGCCCAUCGUGGUGGUGGCCGACACCAUGCUGAGGGACUCUGGAGGAGAGGCCUUUGCUCCCAUCCCGUUUGGAGGCAUCUACCUACCACUGGAAGUGCCAGCUGCCAAGUGCCAUCGCUCGCCCCUGGUCCUGGCAUACGAUCAGGCACACUUUUCUGCCCUGGUCUCCAUGGAGCAGAGAGACAGCUCCAAAGAGCAAGCAGUUGUGAUCCCUCUCACCGACUCGGAGCACAAAAUGCUGCCUCUGCACUUUGCUGUGGAUCCUGGGAAAGAUUGGGAGUGGGGCAAGGAUGACACAGACAACGUGAUGCUGGCGAGUGUUGCUCUCUCUUUGGAGGCGAAGCUCCAGAUGUUACACAGCUACAUGACGGUCACCUGGCUGCCCCUGCCCUGUGAGCAAGCCCCUCUGGCCCAGCCCGAGUCGCCCACAGCAUCGGCAGGAGAGGAUGCCCGAACGCCUCCUGACUCAGGAGAGUCAGACAAGGAGUCAGUCAGCAGCAGCUCCAAUGGCAACGGAGACACAACCACAGGAUCAACGGUCAAUGGAGGAGGGUCCUUGGCCAAGAACAGCUCCUCUUCUUCAUCUAGUUCCUCCAGCAGUGGAUCGGCAGGGGCAGGGACGGGAACGGCGGGGAAGGACAAAACCAAGAAGGAGAAAGACAAGGAUAAAGACAAGAAGAGGGCAGACUCUGUGGCCAAUAAGCUUGGAAGUUUUGGCAAGAGUCUGGGCAGCAAGCUGAAGAAGAACGUGGGCGGACUGAUGACAGGAAAGAACGCUGGAGCCGGAGGUGCCAAGCAGGAGGGCGUGGAGAAGAAGAAGGGCUCGUUUAGGGGGAGGAAGGGCAGCAAGGAUAGCUCGCCUUCAGCCCACGCCUCAGAGGAUUCUGGGAAAGGCUCCCCCUCCUCAGGUAGCGAGCGUCUCAACGGAACAGGGAGCAGUAUGAGCAGCAGUGGUGGGAGCAGCACUGAGAGCGAGAACUACAAGUACAGUGCUGAUGUGAAGGUCAGCCUGGGCAUCCUGCGAGCCGCCAUGCAGGGUGAGAGGAAAUUCAUCUUUUCCAGUCUUCUCACGACCAGCAACAGACAGCCGUUCCAGGAGGAGAUGAUCCAGCGCUACCUCGCCGACGCAGAGGAGCGCUUUCGGGCUGAGCAAGAACAACAGCGCCGUGAAGCGGAGAGGAAGGGCGUCACCAAUGGCAUCCAGCCACCAAAGAAGGAGACAGUUGGAGGUUCAGAGCUGACCUACCGGCCUUAUGAGGCCAAAGAGGAGCUGUCGGAGAACUCGUCUCCUUCUUUCAACCAAGUCAAGUCCACUCCCUUGAGCCCCUCUAUGUACUCUGGUGUUGUGCCCAUCCCCCGGCCCUCCUUCAUAGACCAGCCUCCUGCAGCAGCACCCCUCACCCAGCACCUUCAUAUGCACGGCUACAUGGAUACUCGGCGCCAGCUAGCUGGGGGCUCCCCAGCCACCUCCUACCCCGGCCUCCCCUCUUACGCCACCCUUCCACGACACUGCCCUACAACGCAGGGUCCCUCCCAUCCCCAGUACAAUAACUCACAAGGCCCCGCCUCCCUGAGUCCCUCUCGACUCGCACCCUCGUAUCCCCCUGAGUUCGACCCACCGGACUACCCCGGGUCUGAACCCGCUACUGGAAGUUACACCAACGGCUUCCGGGACAUGCGCUCCAACUUAGACUCUCGGAGUGGCCAACCCCCAGUCAGACACUACUCACUGGGCAGCGCCGGUGGUUUGGCCAGCCUGCAGUCCAGCCGCUGUCGGACACCCAGCUGCACCUACUACGGACACCCCGAGACGGGCAACUACUGCUCCUACUGCUACCGGGAAGAGCUGAAGAAGAGAGAGCCAGAACCGGCCAUCCACAGGUUCUGAACGGACCUUUGCUAUGGCUUGAAUUUGAUGAGUGGCCUUUUUCAGUUAAAAAUAAAAAUAACAGCUGGGGCAGAUCAGCCUCUGAAUGGACGAGAGAAAGGCACAACCAGCUCCCUCCCUUUUUUAGUUGUGUCACUUCCUGUUGGAAUAGACGACCUCAGAAAGUGGCAGAGAGUCGACACGACCACAGAAUAAACAGGGUGGUUUCUGGCUGCUGGGGUCACACGUUAGACCAUAGAAUAAACUAACUGCACUUCUGUUACAUUUUGCUGUGGCUCUUAUGCAGGCGUUGUGUAUGAGUGUGUGUGCGUGUGUGUGCGUGUGUGUGCGUGUGUGUGUGUGUGUGUGUGUGUGUUUGUGUGUGUGAGCUGCAGGCUCUCCUCCUUUAUCAGUUUAACGCCUUGCUACUGUCUCCUCCUAGUGGAGAGAAUGUAUAUGGCAGGCGCCAUACAUAACACUCAUCAACGCACACAUAUACAGUACAUGCACACAUUUAUACUAAGUCAGACUCACACUGCUACACACACACACACACACACACACACACACACACACACAGAUGCAAGCACAAACAAACUCCAUUUGUGGUCUGCGAUAAUGUUUGGAUUGGUUAAUUAAGGGAUGUUUGAACAUUUUGAAGUCACAUCCGUUUCGAGUGAUUUCAGUGUUAUUCAGAUUUUACACUACUGUUACUAGAUGCUUGCGUCACAUGUACCUCGGGAACGAACAGAAGUAAUCCUUGUCGGUCAUCGUUUGCGUAAUGCAAAUUGAAACUUCCGUGCAAUGCUAAUAAUGAAGCAUUCUGUGGGCUGCUGUGGUGCUAAUGCUCCAGAAUGCAAACACAAAAAUGUCCAUGCAUUAAAGCAAACUGCUCUGCACUGUUAUCCUCCUGGCAACAAUAUCACACUAUCUUAUAUCUAUAAAUUGGAUUAUAAAGAUGUCAACCUUUUGAAGGGUUAAUGCAGCCGGCCACAUUAUUAACCAGGCAUUGCUGAACAAGACGACAUAGCAACAUGGCACUACAGUAAGAUACUUUUCCUCGAGCCUGAUCCAGAGUAUUUCAUAUGUUUGUUGCAAUGUUUUCGUUUGGGUCUUCCUGUUUUUGUAACAAGAGGUGGCGUUGAGGCAUUUGAUUACUGUGGCCACGUCAGGCAUGCAAUACUACAAACUACAAAGUCACAUCCAGCUCAACAGAUUCUUGAGACACCCGUCCCAUACGCAACACGCUAUUAAGUCAAAUUACUCAAACACAUUUAUUGGAUUUCAGACAAGUAAAGCAAUGAACAGAUCUGUUGUUCAAUCAGUGACAUCACAUGCUCUAAUGUUGUGAGGACCUCCUGCGGUUGUCUCCAGUUUCUGUUUGCAUGCUGCGAUGGGACGCAUGCAUUUUUGUUGGACAUUGAUACUCAGUAACGUUCACAUUGUACUGACGAAUUCUGGUUACAUGUUACGCCUCUGAAACUCAAAAUGACAAACCCUCUGCGCUGUGAUGGUUGACAAAUGUGAAACAUGUUUAGUCCCAUAAUCACACAACAAAAUGUCAUACAGUAACGUUGUCCUUCACAAUAGGACGUUAUUGGUUUGGUCGCCCACUGCAAACUCUGAAGUUCUACUGAAGGCAGUUCCUUGAUUUCUGACAUUCGUCCCUCCAAACCCAGUUGCGUAAAUCUCUUUUUGCACAAAUUCAAGCACUUUCCUGAUGUCCGUAGAUCCCAAAACUUUUUACUGUUUUUUGAAGUGGCCUGACUGUUGUCCUUUGUUCAUCAGACACUGCCACCUCUGUUCAUGGGAAACCAGGGGGCACAGGCCAGAUGGGUUCCUCUUAAAGAUUCAGUUACUGUAGAGCUAAAGCAUUUUGGUGCCAGCAUCACUGUCUGACUCAGUUUCCUAGUUGCCUUUUUCAGCAUCUGUCCUCGUGACGUCACAAUCCCGUUUGUACGUUGUGCGAGACGAACGUCAAGUACCCACUGCUCGCUUGAUUGCCUGCAGUUUCUACUACUACUGCCCCCAAAUUAAACAAAUUAUAGUUAUUUUUAAAUGGUGUUGAAGUUAUUACCAUUAUUGUUUUUUCAGUUAGGCGUAUCAACAAGUUGAUAUGUGGCUGAUGUUCUGUUUGAGUCUUCCGUAUUGUAAUUUCAAACGUAAGGCUGUUUUAGUUGUACUAAUGUCAACAUGACUACUAGAAUACUUAAAUUUGUGAUUAUUUCCCCUCCUAAUAAGCCAUGACGAGGAGUUUCCUUCGAGGUAGUGUGACUCUUGUCGCUCUACUCGAGUUGAAUUGAAUCUAUUCUUUGGCAUUUAAGUCUAGAAAAGCACAAUGUAGUAUGCAAUUCACUGCCUUGCCCAGUUGAGGGCGCUCUUGUUUUGUUUUUCUUUUAAACUCAGUGGAGCUUACCAACCUAAACUCAAACUACGAACAAAAAAUAACCAAAAUAUUAGAGAAUCAUUUUCAGUAGUGCUAAUUUAACACUAUGUUAGACUAUUUUCUAUGUUGCUAAAGCUGGUCAAGGAAGAAGGGAGUUUAUUUGCUGUGUAUUUAAAGUAACACUAGAGUUUUAAUGACAAUAAAACACUUAAAUGAUGCUAUUUCCCAAAAACAACAUGUGCAUUUGCUGUGUUUAUGUGUGUUGACAUGUGUCCAUGCACUAAUGUUUUAAUCCAGACGAGACCCUGACUGUGGGAAGGUGAUGCCUGUUUUAAAAAAUGCGUACGUGUGCAUACUCUGUCCCUCCCUCCAAAGUAAUAAUCAGCUAUCAAACCUUUUUUGUUUGGUUUUUUUUUGCAAUGAAACGGAUGCCUCAGAAACAUGUAAGACACCAGACUUUACAGGCUACAAACACUUUUUUGUAUUUAAGAAAAAAAACAAACAAUGAGAGGUUGUAUAAAUAUGUUCCGAGUUAUUUUUGUAAGCCCAAAGUUUUACAGUGUUUUUAAAAGGGUAAGAAUGUAUAUUGUUGGAAACUGAAGGUGUGGAUGAUAAGCUUGGAAGAGCCUGGAUUUGGUGUUUGCCAGAAAGUGACAUUUUGGCCGUCGAAGGUGACUCCCAGACGAGCCUCUCGAUCCUCGAGGCUCUCUCAUUGCAAACUAAUUUCCUCAAUGCUGACCUAACGAGACACCAUUUGAGAAUAUAUAUUUAUAGUGAGAUUUUUUUAAUAGGUUUCCUUGUGGAAUGUUUAGUUGCGACAUUUUAGGAUGUUCUUUCUCACAUGGCUAAUUGUCUAGCAGUCUGGCUUUUAUUUGUUUGUUGCUUUUAUUUUUAUUUGUACAUUUUGUUUACUUUAUUUUUUGUUUUCUACAGCCACCGAUCCGUGCUAUGCUAAAGACAUGACAGCAGCGUUCUCACUGACCCAGCUCGUUUCCUCCGAACCAGAAGAGAAAUGGCUCAGAAUUAGUUUUGCGACACAGCUGACCCGAUAUAUUUUUAUAUAUUGUAAAACACUGUAUUUUCUGUGUGAACAGAAUAUUCAUCAUCAGUGACAUUAACAUGGAAUACUUCGAGUUGCAUGGGACUGGAACUGUUGCAUGUAAAUGGCAAUCCAUUUUACCAAAUUUGUGCAUUAUUUUAACUUGAUUUCAGUUGUCCUGGUAUUUUGAUCUGUUUUUUAUUUUGUAUUGUUUUAAUGUUUUUCUUUUUUUUUCAUGAGAGGAGAGCCCUAUGGCUGUGUGACAGUGCAAUCUGGAUAGAAAGAACAUCAGAUUUUAUGUUAGGUUAUUAUUAUUAUAAUUAUUAUUUUUUUUUGCACCGUUUGAAUAAAUUCUCAUUGUAUUUCAAGAAA